CCGGCCCGCACUGCGCUCCGCGCUGAGAACGGCCAUGCCGCCGCGGCGCAGCAUCGUGGAGGUGAAGGUUCUGGACGUGCAGAAGCGGCGAGUGCCCAACAAGCAUUAUGUCUACAUCAUCAGAGUCACGUGGUCCAGUGGCUCUACAGAGGCCAUUUACCGGCGCUACAGCAAAUUCUUUGACCUGCAGAUGCAGAUGUUGGACAAGUUUCCCAUGGAAGGAGGACAGAAGGACCCCAAACAGAGGAUCAUUCCAUUUCUGCCAGGCAAAAUUCUCUUCCGACGCAGCCACAUCCGGGACGUGGCCGUCAAACGCCUGAUACCAAUUGAUGAGUACUGUAAGGCCCUGAUCCAGCUACCUCCCUACAUCUCACAGUGUGAUGAGGUGCUGCAGUUCUUUGAGACAAGACCUGAGGACCUGAAUCCCCCCAAAGAGGAGCAUAUUGGGAAGAAGAAAUCAGGGAAUGACCUGACCUCGGUGGACCCCAUGGUCCUGGAGCAGUAUGUGGUGGUCGCAAACUAUCAGAAGCAGGAGAGCUCAGAGAUCAGCCUCAGUGUGGGACAGGUGGUUGACAUCAUCGAGAAGAACGAGUCAGGUUGGUGGUUUGUCAGCACUGCUGAAGAACAAGGCUGGGUCCCUGCGACCUGCCUCGAGGGCCAGGAUGGCAUGCAGGAUGAGUUUUCCCUCCAGCCCGAGGAAGUACCCUUUGUCCCUACAGAAGAGAAAUACACAGUCAUCUACCCGUACACAGCUCGUGACCAGGAUGAAGUGAACCUAGAGAGAGGGGCUGUGGUAGAGGUUAUCCAGAAGAACCUGGAAGGCUGGUGGAAGAUCAGGUUCCAGGGCAAAGAGGGCUGGGCCCCUGCUUCCUAUCUGAAAAAGAGCAGUGGAGAGCCCUUGCCUCCAAAGCUGGGCCUCAGCUCAUCUGCCCACUCAGGGGCCCUCGACCUGGACGGUGUUUCACGGCAGCAGAAUGCUAUGGGCAGGGAGAAAGAGCCACUCAACAACCAAAGGGAUGGCCGGUUUGAAGGUCGCCUGGUGCCAGAUGGCGAUGUUAAGCAGAGAUCCCCAAAGAUGAGACAGAGACCCCCUCCACGCCGGGACAUGACUAUUCCUCGAGGCCUCAACCUGCCAAAGCCUCCCAUCCCACCCCAGGUAGAAGAAGAGUAUUACACCAUUGCUGAGUUCCAGACCACCAUCCCCGAUGGCAUCAGCUUUCAGGCUGGCCUGAAAGUCGAGGUGAUCGAGAAGAGCUUAAGUGGCUGGUGGUACAUUCAGAUGGAAGAUAAGGAGGGAUGGGCCCCAGCAACCUUCAUUGACAAGUACAAGAAGACUAGCAAUGCCUCAAGGCCCAACUUCCUGGCUCCCCUGCCCCAUGAGGUAACCCAGCUCCGGCUUGGAGAUGCAGCAGCAAUGGAGAAUAAUAUGGGCCCCGAAGCUGUAGGCCCUUCCCGGCCCCUGCCUGAGGCACCGCAUGGUACCCUGGACUCUGGGAUGCUAUGGUCCAAAGACUGGAAGGGGGUGAAGGAGGCCCCAAGAAAGGCAUCUUCAGACCUGUCUGCAUCAGCUGGCUAUGAAGAGAUCUCAGACCCCACACUGGAGGAAAAGCCCAGCCUCCCUCCACGCAAAGAGUCCAUCAUCAAAUCUGAAGGGGAGCUGCUGGAGAGGGAACGACAGAAAAUGGAGCAGCUGCGGGGCUCUUCUCCUAAGCCCCCUGGCAUGAUUUUGCCAAUGAUUCCAGCCAAGCAUGGCCCCCCGCCCCGGGACAGCAGGAAGCCAGAGCCCAAACCUGACAAAAGCAAGUUGUUCCCACUGAAAAAUGACAUGGGACUGGAGUGCGGCCACAAGGUACUGGCCAAGGAAGUAAAGAAGCCCAACCUCCGGCCCGUCUCCAAGUGCAAGGCUGAGCCGCCUGAGGAGAAGCCAGAAGCUACUCCCCAAAAUCUGUUCUUGAAGUCCAGACCUCAGGUUAGGCCCAAACCAACUCCUUCCCCCAAGACAGAGCCACCUCAGGGUGAAGACCAAGUGGACAUCUGCAACCUCAGGAGCAAGCUCAGGCCUGCCAAGUCCCAGGAGAAAUCCUCGUUGGAUGGAGAGAGCCACCAGGCUGCUGGGGGCCAAGACACAGCCUUCGGUCGAAGCUUCCUUCCAGGGGAGGGACCUGGCCGUGGCCAGGACAGGGCUGGCAGACAGGAUGGGCUGGGUUCAAAAGAUUCACCCUGCAGAGCCCCUCCAAGGCCAGCCAAGACCACAGAUCCUGGGCCUAAGAAUGUGCCUGCCCAAGAGGCCACACAGCAGAGACCUGUGGUCCCACCCCGGAGACCUCCACCACCCAAGAAAACCUCAUCGCCAUUGUCAUCCAAGCCACUCCCAGAGGUCAGAGGGUCACAGCGUGAAGCCAGUGAGAGCAGGGCAGCUCCUGCCACAGGCCGGGCCCUCCUUGUCCCUCCAAAAGCCAAACCCUUCCUUUCCAAUUCCUCACUGGGUCAAGAUGAUAUGCGAGGCAAAGGCGGGCUGGGACCCCGCAUAGCUGGCAAGAUGGGAGAAAAUAGAGAGAAAGCCUCCUUCCUCAACGCUGAUGGCCCAAAGGAUUCACUGUAUGUGGCUGUGGCCAACUUUGAAGGAGAUGAAGAUACCAGCAGCUUCCAGGAAGGGACAGUGUUUGAGGUUCGGGAGAAGAACAGCAGCGGCUGGUGGUUCUGCCAGGUCCUCAGUGGGGCCCCUUCCUGGGAAGGCUGGAUUCCUUCCAACUACCUCCGGAAGAAACCAUAGCCUCCCCUGCCCUGCCUGGAGACCCCACUGUCCCUGCUGGCAUAGCCCACGUAUUUAAUACGCAUUUAAUUUAUCAAUCUCCACUAAUUUCCAAGGAAGGAGGCUUCUGGGGUGCCAUGGCUUCCUCCUUCCCAAGGUGAAGAAUGCCUGGUUCAGAUAUCUGGUGGCCUAGGGUCUGAUCCUCCCUUAGCAGCACCCCCAGAAGGCUCUGGAGAACAGUGACACUCCCAGGCCUACAGGACUGAGAACUUCCAGACAGUAUCUCCCCUCUCCAAUGCAGCAUAGAGGGAUAGCCUGUGUAGCCUGUGAUGACUCGUUCUAAUUUCUCCAUGUUUCUAGAAGUACAGUGGCUUUGUUCACUGUUUUCAGAACGUCUGGUACCUGGAAAGACUUUGUCCUAUACAACUCUGCUUCAGAGCCAUUAGCUUUUAAGGCUUGACCAGAUGCAGCUACCCCAGAAGUGGUCCUGGAGGUUCACUCGGCCAUCCUGCCUCCCCUCUGCCUCAGGACCAUGACCAAUCCUAAAGGAAUGGUUCCUGAGCAUGCUUCACUUUGCUUCUUCAGGUUCCAGUCCAGCCAGGGCUUUUAAAUGACAUUUCCUGCCCACCUCCCCCAUCCCCCUAGAAUAAGAGUCUCCAAGUAUGUUUAGAUAAGGGGCCUUUCACAAGGCAUACAGUGCUCCUUUGCUAAGUAGAUGCCAAACUGUUCUUGGUGUUUUGCAUUCAUGUUCCAACCUUCAACCCCCUAAUUCAAUCACACCCAUUUUCUAGAUGAGGAAAUUCAUGGGCCAAAGGACACACUAACUGGGAAGAGGAGGAAUGGGGUUUGCGUCCAGGCCUACCUGACUCCAACACUUGUGCUCUUCUCCCUGUAAGAGGCAAAUCAGUGAGGGAAGAGAUGGAAGCUGACUGGAUGUCAGGGCAGGUGGCCACGAGUCUUCCUUGUGGUGUGGGCAAGGAAACAGUAGGAGCUGCCCUGAGCUGACAGCUACACCUUCCAAGCAAGGCAUGCCCUACAUCCUGGUAGCUGGCACAGAGUUUGUAGGCAGGUGGCCCUCAGAAGGGGAACAAAGGAAGCUGAAGUGAUGUCCCUUGGUGGCCUGUGGGGCUCUGGUGGCUAAGGACCAGCAGCUGGGUCUUUACCAAGCGAAGCAGAACAAUAGUAGCUCGGGACAGGCAGCUAUGACCCUGCAUACUUCUGGCCCGAGCAGUUUUAUUUUUAGGGUACCUAUUCCCUGGGAGAAGUCUAGGGUAACCCUUCCCUGUUUUGGAUGAUUUGGUUGACUGAGAUCUCAAAAGGUCUACUUAGUUACUGCAGAAAUCAGGACCCAGAUUUUCUAGUUCCCAGCCCAGAGCAACUUGUACCUAUAGAUGGGCUUCUUGUGAAAGAUGAGAGGGGUUGAGAGAUCAGAACCCCAUCCCACAGACCCUUCAGAAGAGGAGACUCUAUGUCUGCUUCCCAAAUCUCACACUCCUGGUGAUCAUUUGUGCUUUCAGAGCAGGAAGUCACCUUUCCCAGGAUGACUUGCAUCUCACUGUAGUGCCAAAGACUGAGUGCAAGAAAACCUCUUCUACAACCCCACCCCCAUCCCAAUCCCCUCCUGUGCCCUGUGGGCUCUGGUACUUCCCUCUGACUCACAGUGGCAUUGUUGGUCUUUUCUGGUAAACCUGUAUCCCCUUCUCCCCUCCCCCAAGUGCUGGGCCAGGUUGUGAGGUGCCUCCUGGAGGGCCUUCUGGCUCACCCUGUGCCCAGGAUCUAGGGAAGGUGGCAGUUAUGGGGAUGGGGAUGCUGGGAGCAUAUUGGCACCUCUUCAAAGCCUCCCCCCGCCCCCACCGACUAUACAGGGUACCUCACAGUUUUCCUGAGUUUUUGACCCACCUUGACUUGAACAGCUUUUGUGAAGCUGUUCUACAGGGCUUGACUACCUUGAAAAGAUAGAACUUUUUUCUAAUUUGCUUUUGGCUCCCAGUAACCUUUUCAGGUAUUUUGUGAGCACCUACUAUGUAGUGGGUGCUGGGUGGACUAGCAUGUGUAAGACAUCAGCUCUUACUAAAGAAGUCUGAGUUGUACUUGCCAACUCCACUGGAGAAAACUGCCUCCUUCCCUUCUCAUAAAGAGGUCAGCUGAGGGAGAGCAGAUAGGCCUGCCUUCCUGUGGGCAGAUUGGAGAGUUUGCCUUUGUUCCCUAUCAUUCUUCUAACUAUAGACGUGCAACGUGCACUCUCAGUUCUCUGUCCUUUUCUUGGGUCUCACACACAGCGUGAAAUCUCCUGUGGGCGGCUCUCCACCAGUCUACAGAGUAGUCACUGCCCUGGCAUGUGGAAGUGGGUGGGUUUGCAGAGCCAGUGACUCUCCCAGCUGCCCCUGCCUGAGACUUAGCCUUAGAACAUCCAGGACUGUGCUCAUCCUCUGGGAGCAUAUGCAAGACUCCCCUGGAUCCCUGCCUUGGAAAAUGUCAGGACCAUGGUAACAGUGUCCCUACCAUGCAUUAGGUGGGUCACCAACACAAACAUGGCCCCCUUAACUAAUCAUCACAACAACCCCUAAGAGGAGACAAGGAUCAGUCCCAGUGUGUAACGAGAAUGUUAAGGUGUGAAGAGUGAAAUCACAUCCAGCCUUAUCCAGGUAAAACAUACAUGCUUAGUCCUUGCAGGGAAUUGAGUGCCCCAGUCUCUGAAUUUAGGUGUCUUUCCCACAAUCCCCUGGCCAAACACUGGUCACAGCCCCAAGGGGAGGUGGAGGAGGGAUUCUUACCCCACUUUCUGACUUGCUGACUGCUUUGUCCAUUGAUGAACAAGUGCACUGCUCCUGGUGCCAGUGCAUCUCUGGGAAACGUGAACAGCCACUUGGUAGAAUAGGACUUUGCUUAUACUUUUGCUCAGAAUCACUUGUUGCCAUUGGUGGGUUCAUGCCAUUGUCCCAGGCUGAGACCUGGGAGAGCUGAGCCCUGAUACAACUGUUUCAUGUCCCCGCCAUCCCAGGAAAUUGCUAGAUCCCACCCCAGGCUUUUUAAACCUAUGCCACUGGUCUGCUCCAUGGAAUCAAUUUCUGUGGUACAGUUCUUGGUCUUAAACUGUUUCUGAACCCACUGGGGACUUCAGUAGCAUGUGGAAAGUGGGGGAGCACAUGCCACAGUAAAGAAAAGGUGCCAAAUCUCCCCAAGAUUGAAGGACAGUCUAGUAUUACAAGUACCUGUAUUGGGUGGGAAGAAGAAUCGGCCAUUACCCUCCAGUAGCUGCUUACUUGAUUCAUGAGGAAUGAAGCUGGAGGUGCAGCGCAGCAGUAGAGCUGUGGCCUGUGUGCAUCAGGCCCCAGGUUCCAUCCCUAGUAUUGCAGAUAAAGAACAUUCAUGGCUUAGCUCUUGUCCCUCCAUCGCUCCCUUGUCUCUUCAGUGCUGACUGGGAAGCCUCACCUGUCCUUUGAACAAUGUGUCAGUCUUGGCCCUUUACUGGCUGUCUAAGCCCAUCCUUCAGGGCUUUUUUUGUAUACUGCAGACAGCCAUAUCUUACCACAGACCAAAGAUUACCUGAAGUCAGGAGUGUGUGGCCAGAAUGGGUGAGAAAUUGGUUUGCAUCAAGGCCUGACACCCUGCCUUUGCCUGGAGGAAUUGCUCCUAACUUGGGUAAGGUUCUAGCAGCUGGACUGACCUAACCCUAAGCAUAGCUGCAGCAUUAAAACAGUGGUCCAUACUCCUUACCUGCUCAUGGACCAUCUUCUGAGCAACCUUCCCACAGACCAGACCAGCCUGCUCCAUGGAGUGAUAUCUGUUCUCUGGUGCUAUCCAGCUAAGGUACCAAGCCCCUCCUCGUGUCAAUAUUCCAUCUUCUUCCCUGUUUCCAUCCUCUUCUCCAAAGUAAGCCUCCUUAGCACCAGUCAGAGAAGAGGGUCUUAGCUUUUGUCCUUCAAAUGACUAGACGUGGUACCAUUGUCAGUGGCCUUCAUUUUCACUUCUGUAUGUUAGGAGCAAAGGUGCCCCACCAGGCUUACUACAGCAAUAAAUAAUUCUAAUGCAGUGGUGUCUGUACUAUGCCUAUCUAUACCUUUGUACCCUGUAAUUAUUAGUAGCACUUCUUUUACUUACACGGUGUGGGGGGUGAUAAACCAUGGUCACCUUAGCCACAACCACACUUCUAUGUCAGGGAGCCACUGAUUAGGUAGGAAGUGGGCUCUGGAUGGUAUGGCCCACUGCAUGUGUCUGCCCAUCAUGUGGUGGUGGAGGGCCCUGGAUGCUCAGCCCUUCUCACACCCUCUGGGCCAACUGACAGAUUCUGGUGGUGGCGUUUAUCCCAACAAGUGUAUAAUGUGAGGGGAAGGGAGGGCAAACACCUAGCUGUAGCAUGUAGCAACUAUAUAUCAUUAGACUUUCCUUUUUUUAAAUAAAAAAGUGCUUGACUGGUUUCAAGCUUCAUUGUGAA